AUGCUAUUUGGACCGUAUGUUAAAGCCCUUGACGCCUUUCUGCAAUCUGGAUGUAAUGGAAAUGUUGUUGUGGUUGCUCAGUAUCUGAAAGUGAAAUUGUAUAAUGGAAAUGUCCAACUUCAAAAUGCAAUGAACUCUACCAAGCUUUUGUUAAACCCUGAAAUUCUUGAGGCCGAUAAUUUAAAGGUUCGCGAUAACAUUGGUUCACCUACACAACCAUUCAAUUAUAUGAAAGGUGCUUCAGAGAUGAGUUUAGAAGAAGAAUUUUUGAACUUGAGUCAACACAAAACUAUUGAGGAACUGAAGGAUUGUCAAGAUAAUAUUGUUUGUAUUGUGUUAGGUAUAAUCAAACAUGUUAUUGGUGGCAACGUUUGGUGGUAUGCUAAAUGUGUCUGUAACAAGAGCGUUGUGACAGACUUUAAAAGGAUUUUCUGCACUAAAUGCGAAAAGCAUGUUUGGACAAUUGUGCCAAAGUAUUUCAUUGCUAAUUAUGUUUAUACUUUGUUAAUGAAUAUUGUUUAUGUUUAUUGUUGGAAAUCCACCAAUACUCUAUGA